AUGGCUUCGACUGAAUCUCUGGUUUGCGAUACUCUCGACCUGAGCGGUCAGGGUCUUAAGAAGCUCAGUCGGUGUCCCUCAGAUGCUGAUAUUAGUACAUUGAUCAUAGAUGACAAUGAUAUACAACGGCUUGAUAAUUUGGAUUCUUACCACAGAAUUACCAAGCUUUCAAUAGUCAGGAAUCAAUUGCUGCGGAUGUACGGCGUAUCAAAGUUACAUAAUCUUGUCACUCUCAAUUUGGCAAACAAUGGUAUACUUACAAUAGAAGGUAUCAAGGACAUGAUCAAUUUGCAGACUCUCUGUUUAGCUGGUAAUAACAUCAAGUCUAUCGAACAUCUGCACACAAAUACUAAAUUGGAACAUUUGGAUUUAUCUGAAAACAGCAUCAGUCAUAUUUCAGAUAUAUCUUAUCUGCGAAGUUUAAAGGAACUUUUCUUGCAUAACAAUCGCAUAAUAACAUUACGUCAAUGCGAACGUUACUUGCCCACAUCCCUAGAAACCUUCACAUUGGCGAAUAACAAUAUUACUGAUUUGAAUGAAAUGUCACACUUGGCUAAUCUCAAAAAUCUGGUGAAUUUCUCAAUCGCUAACAAUCCUUGUGUCAGUAUGACAGGUAACAGUAUUGGGUUUGACUAUCGGCCUUUUGUUAUUAAUUGGUGUAUGAGCUUAAAAUCAAUCGACGGUUAUGCAGUUGAUCCUCUUGAAAGCUUGAAAGCAGAGUGGCUAUAUUCUCAGGGACGAGGUAGACAAUUCCGUGUUGGUGAACACGCGUUACUUGCUCAGUAUCUAGCGUCCGUAUGUCCGCUUUCGGGCGAAUCCCUAGAGAACGAGACGGAUCGGAAACUUAGGCUCAUACUCAGCAAAGCGCAACAUCAUCAACAGCAAUUGAAUCAACAGAGCGAUGCCGGAAGUGUACACAGCUUGAGUAGCGUGGCAAUGAGUCCCUCACCAGCCGCUAGACGUAGACUUAGCAAUAACAGGACAAAUUCUCCCAGACGACCUACUUCCGCGAGGAACUCGCUGAAAAUGAAAUCGCCAGAUCGCAUGGUGUCCAGCUGUCAUACGGACGCUAUGGUCUCCUCGUGUCACGUUUUAUUGAACGACGACCACGAACAGAACACUAUGAUGACCCAGAGCUUGGAUCCGAAUAUGCUCUCCGGUACACUGAGUAACAAAACGUCGAACAACAGCUUGCAGGAUAUGGAAGAAACAUCGAGCCCGUUGCAAGCGGCCACGAAACUGGUACCGGUGCCGGAAUCUUUAAUGAGUCCGGACUUCCGCCCGCCGUCUGGCCUUUCGCGGAUUUUACCAAAGACGCCCACGGCGAGCAAAUUGAGCUCCCCCUGUCAAAUCACGAUACCCAGCAAGCCUUCUAUGGACGGAGAUGGGAAAGCAAUUCCGAUCAUAAACACCGUAAAUCCUAUGGCGAAAACGAAUCUGAGCGCUAUAAAGGCGAACGCGCUCGUGAAGAGUAAUUCCGCGACAAAUUGCAGCGUUCCGAAGCCGAAUAUAGCUAAGCCGGUCGUGACGUACGCUAAUAGCAAGUGUCCGCACAGUGUGAAGAUCAACAAUUACGUUCAGAGCAAGACGUUGCCGGCGAAGAGGAGCAUGAAGAGUCCUAAUUUAGCUAGGAGCAUACAACGGCCGAAGAGCGCGAACGAGAGACUCAAGAGCAACUUGAAUAAAGACAAAGACGGCGGUAACGCCACACAGAGUAGCGACGAGGACAGCGAAGUAUGUCAGGCGAAAUUAGAUGGUAUUCGACAUAGAGCCCUUCAAAGAAGGCAGGAAGACAGCAACAAAGAUCAGGAUCAGGUGGAAAAGGCUGCUAUCUGCAUUCAAAGAAUGUGGCGGGGAUAUUACACAAGGAAUCUCAACGGAAAGGCGACCAAUAUAUUAAAAACGAUCGACAUGUUAAGAACGAAUAAAUACAUUCAGAAACUGUCAACUGACAUGGAAGCCACGAGGACCGCUCUCGAAAGCGAGCAUAAAUUACAAUUGUUACAAAUGCAAGCGAUUAACGCGUUGUGGAAAAAGGUCGUCAGUCUUCAACCGGGCAGCAAUCGGGAGAACGCUUUCAGCGAUGCGGAUAAUGCUCUACAACCGAACGCGGAUGUAGUUAGCAAUCUCGCGCAAACGUGUAAUUUACUACACACUCAGGUCCAGGAAUUGCAGGACUCGAUGUCCGAGAUAAAGCGUUGCAUGUCGAGUAUGAAACCGAGGCCGACUCUCGUCGAUAACGGUGUCGGCACUCAAACUGAAAUAUCUGCCGUGCACACACCAGCAGGCGAAGAGAACACGUUUCCGUACGUGCGCGCUAACAGACCGCAGAGUUUGCCGAUACAUCAAACGAUACACGAGGGAAAUGAGAACAAGAGUUUCGCGUCCAACUUGGUUGACAGCGUGCUGAAGAAGGUGUCGCAAUCCACCGACACGACGGAUGACGAAGUCAAUACGGACAUCUUAAAUUCGAACGAGAAUCCUGAGGUGCUGAAUUCGAACGAGAAUCCGGAGAUGUUCAAGAGUUGCGAGGAGAUAAUAGAAUCCGAUUUGAAAGAGGCGGUUGAGAACGAGGCGACAAAUGAUUACGAAGAAAUAAUCGAGAACGCGAUAGACGGCGAGGUAUGCGAGGAAACGCUGUGCAAGGAACUGCACAAUUUGAUCGAAACGGAAAAUGGUGCAAAACACUAUGAAAACCCCGAGAAGGAAAACGCAGUCAAUGGAGACGACAAGGAAAUCUGUUAGAUUCGACUAUAGCGAGAGAAAUUUCCACACCAUAUGCCUUGUGAGUAAUGCAAUCACGCUAAAACGGUACGUGCGAAGCGAAAGAAACACGCACGUCCAAAGAUGCUCACUGUAAAUAACGUCGAAAAAGUAUUUGUAAGCGUAACGAUACUGUAAAACUAGAUUAAUUUUAAUCGUAAAAAACAUUUUGUUACAAAAAGGGAUACUUUGAUUACAACAAGCUGCCAUUCUGAUGAAAUAAAGAGUAUCCGUGUAAUUUAAAUAAACAAGAUUGAUAAAAACAGUGCGGUAUAACCGAUAUUUUAGCAAAAAGUUACAUCAACGACUAUAAAGUGUCUGACUCAAUUUGUUCAAUUUUUGUUAUGUUAUUCGUGUCACCGUAAGAAAUUUUGGAAAUUUUCCGUCCAUACCUCCGGUUAUUGGCAGUAGUUGUAAAACAUUCACAUAAAACAAACAGUAUAUAUUUUACCGAACUGAUUGAGAACUGUUUCAAAAACAUUCCACUAAUUCAUUGCUCUCUUACCUCCUUGAAAUAGUUUGAUGCUAUUCCAAGAGACUGCAUUAAAAGAAAUACCGAUUUAUAUAUUAAUAUUGUCAAAAAUUACAGCAUCUACAUAAAGAAAUAUAUUUAUUAUCGACAAAGCACAUCUAUAUAAUAUAGCUAUUCAAUUUUUGGCUUUUUUCACGCAAUAUUUCAUAUUUAAUAAUUUAUUUACCUAUUUAUUUCUCAAUAUACAAAAGUGUUACUUUUAGUAUAUAUUAAAGAUACUGAAGCAUUAGGAAAAAUUAGUAAGAAAAUAUAAUUGAAACUAGUCAAUACAGUAGCUUUUACAUUUAGAUACACUGUAGAUAUUUACUCAAGAAUUGUUAUGUAGAUAUUACUCAAUGUUAUAAAAUAAAUAUUGCGAGAUCUUCAUUGAAAACACGCUAUUGCAUCGUUGAAAAACACGAUUUAAAUCAUAUGAAAGAAAUGUAAUUGCGUUUUCAUAACUAUUGAUUCUACGAUAAUUUAUUGCGACAAAGAAUUGUUGAUUGAAUCAUUUAAUAUUCCGCAAAUACACGCGAGCUUAAUAAAAUGACAUUGUACGUCAAUUGCAACAUAUUAUUUUACUCGCUGAUGCAUUUUUUGGUGCUUGAAAUUUUUAAAAUAAUUCAGAAUGUUUGUGAAUUCGUAGAUAAACGUUCAAUGCAUAUGAUGUAACUUGCGAGUAUAUUGUAGUAAUGUUUGCUCAUAGGAUAUGCUUAGCUUAAAUUUAUAAUGUGAUUUUUUGAGAGAUAAAUCGUGAUGUGAACCAAAGUAAUUUCCUAAUAAUAACAUGGAUUGGAGAUUGAUUUACUCGUGAAUCGAGAAUGUAGAAACAUAACUGCAGUAUUACAUUUAUUUCUCAUUCCCUGACAAAACUUACAAGUUAUACAAAGUAAUAUAUAAUAUUUAAAUUA